UUCAUUCGUGGAAGAGCUACCUAGUUGCACGACGUGUCCUACAAUUUGUGAUAAUUUUAAUAAUUUUUGUGAAUUCCAAAAAGAAACCACCAUGCAGAUUUUUGUAAAAACUCUCACUGGUAAAACCAUAACAUUAGAAGUCGAAGCAUCCGACACCAUAGAAAAUGUAAAAGCAAAAAUUCAAGACAAAGAGGGCAUUCCUCCAGAUCAGCAGCGACUGAUUUUCGCUGGGAAACAACUUGAAGACGGACGGACAUUAUCCGAUUAUAAUAUUCAAAAAGAAUCUACUCUCCAUUUGGUAUUACGUCUGAGAGGUGGAAUGCAGAUCUUUGUGAAAACACUUACCGGUAAAACCAUCACACUAGAAGUUGAAGCAUCUGACACCAUUGAGAAUGUGAAAGCCAAGAUUCAGGACAAAGAGGGAAUUCCUCCGGAUCAGCAGCGGUUGAUCUUUGCGGGCAAACAGCUUGAAGAUGGCCGUACACUAUCCGACUACAACAUUCAGAAAGAAUCUACUCUGCACUUGGUUUUGAGACUGCGUGGUGGCAUGCAGAUCUUUGUGAAAACACUUACCGGUAAAACCAUUACACUAGAAGUUGAAGCAUCUGACACCAUUGAGAAUGUGAAAGCCAAGAUUCAGGACAAAGAGGGAAUUCCCCCAGAUCAGCAGCGAUUGAUCUUUGCGGGCAAACAGCUUGAAGAUGGCCGUACACUAUCCGACUACAACAUCCAGAAAGAAUCUACUCUGCACUUGGUUUUGAGACUGCGUGGUGGCAUGCAGAUCUUUGUGAAAACACUUACCGGUAAAACCAUCACACUAGAAGUUGAAGCAUCUGACACCAUCGAAAAUGUGAAAGCCAAGAUUCAGGACAAAGAGGGAAUUCCUCCGGAUCAGCAGCGAUUGAUCUUUGCGGGCAAACAGCUUGAAGAUGGCCGUACACUAUCCGACUACAACAUCCAGAAAGAAUCUACUCUGCACUUGGUUUUGAGACUGCGUGGUGGUAUGCAGAUCUUUGUGAAAACACUUACCGGUAAAACCAUCACACUAGAAGUUGAAGCAUCUGACACCAUCGAAAAUGUGAAAGCCAAGAUUCAGGACAAAGAGGGCAUUCCCCCAGAUCAGCAGCGAUUGAUCUUUGCGGGCAAACAGCUUGAAGAUGGCCGUACACUAUCUGACUACAACAUCCAGAAAGAAUCUACUCUGCACUUGGUUUUGAGACUGCGUGGUGGCAUGCAGAUCUUUGUGAAAACACUUACCGGUAAAACCAUCACACUAGAAGUUGAAGCAUCUGACACCAUUGAGAAUGUGAAAGCCAAGAUUCAGGACAAAGAGGGAAUUCCCCCAGAUCAGCAGCGAUUGAUCUUUGCGGGCAAACAGCUUGAAGAUGGCCGUACAUUAUCUGACUACAACAUCCAGAAAGAAUCUACUCUGCAUUUGGUGUUACGUCUCAGAGGUGGCAUGCAAAUCUUUGUGAAAACACUUACCGGUAAAACCAUCACACUAGAAGUUGAAGCAUCUGACACCAUUGAGAAUGUGAAAGCCAAGAUUCAGGAUAAAGAGGGAAUUCCCCCAGAUCAGCAGCGAUUGAUCUUUGCGGGCAAACAGCUUGAAGAUGGCCGUACAUUAUCCGACUACAACAUCCAGAAAGAAUCUACUCUGCACUUGGUUUUGAGACUGCGUGGUGGCAUGCAGAUCUUUGUGAAAACACUUACCGGUAAAACCAUCACACUAGAAGUUGAAGCAUCUGACACCAUCGAAAAUGUGAAAGCCAAGAUUCAGGACAAAGAGGGAAUUCCCCCAGAUCAGCAGCGAUUGAUUUUUGCUGGCAAACAGCUUGAAGAUGGUCGUACAUUAUCUGACUACAACAUCCAGAAAGAAUCUACUCUGCAUUUGGUGUUACGUCUCAGAGGUGGAAUGCAGAUUUUUGUGAAAACACUUACCGGUAAAACUAUCACAUUGGAAGUUGAAGCAUCUGACACCAUCGAAAAUGUGAAAGCCAAAAUUCAGGACAAAGAGGGAAUUCCCCCAGAUCAGCAGCGAUUGAUCUUUGCGGGCAAACAGCUUGAAGAUGGUCGUACACUAUCUGACUACAACAUCCAGAAAGAAUCUACUCUGCAUUUGGUGUUACGUCUCAGAGGUGGAAUGCAGAUUUUUGUGAAAACACUUACCGGUAAAACCAUCACAUUGGAAGUUGAAGCAUCUGACACCAUCGAAAAUGUGAAAGCCAAGAUUCAGGACAAAGAAGGAAUUCCCCCAGAUCAGCAGCGAUUGAUUUUUGCUGGCAAACAGCUUGAAGAUGGUCGUACAUUAUCUGACUACAACAUCCAGAGAAUCUACUCUGCAUUUGGUGUUACGUCUCAGAGGUGGAAUGCAGAUUUUUGUGAAAACACUUACCGGUAAAACCAUCACAUUGGAAGUUGAAGCAUCUGACACCAU